AUGGACCCAGUUGUGGCUCUGGUGCUCAGUGUCUCCUGCCUGCUUCUCUUUUCACUCUGGAGAUGGAACACCACCAGGCAGAAGCUCCCUCCCGGCCCCACGCCUCUUCCAAUUAUUGGAAACAUCCUGCAGAUGGAUUUUAAGGACAUAAGCAAAUCCUUAACCAAUUUGUCCAAAGCCUAUGGCCCCGUGUUCACACUGUAUUUUGGCACAAAGCCCACUGUGAUAUUGCAUGGAUAUGAAGCAGUGAAGGAGGCCCUGGUUGAACGUGGAGACGAGUUUGCUGGGAGAGGCAGUAUUCCAAUAUUUGAAAAAUUCACCAAAAGGCUUGGAAUCGCGAUGAGUAAUGGAAAGACAUGGAAGGAGACCCGGCGCUUCACACUAAUGACCUUGCGCAAUUUCGGGAUGGGGAAGAGGAGCAUAGAGGACCGAGUUCAAGAGGAGGCCCGCUGCCUUGUGGAGGAGCUGAGGAAAACCAACGCCUCUCCCUGUGAUCCUGCCUUUAUCCUGGGCUGUGCGCCCUGCAAUGUGAUCUGCUCCGUUAUUUUUCAGAAACGUUUUGAAUAUUCAGACCAAAAUUUUAUCCACUUUCUGAAGCUAUUGCAUGAGGCCAUCAGUAUUAUGAGCUCUCCAUGGGUCCAGGUCUACAAUACUUUUCCAGCUCUCAUUGACUAUUUUCCAGGGAGCCAUAACAAAGUUUUUCAAAAUAUGUAUUACAUCCAGAAUUUCAUCUUGGAAAAAAUAAAAGAACACCAACAAUCCCUAGAUGUGAACAAUCCUCAGGACUUUAUUGAUUGUUUCCUGAUCAAAAUGGAACAGGAAAAACAUAACAAGCAACCUGAAUUUACUCUGGAAAACCUGAAAAUCACUGCAUUUGAUUUGUUUGCUGGUGGAACAGAGACCACAAGCAUCACCUUGAGACACGGACUCCUGCUCCUGCUGAAGCACCCUGAGGUCACAGCCAAGGUCCAGGAAGAGAUUGAGAGUGUGAUCGGCAGACACCGGAGUCCCUGCAUGCAGGACAGGAACCGCAUGCCCUACACGGACGCUGUCAUACAUGAGGUCCAGAGAUUCAUUAACCUGGCUCCCACUAACCUGCCCCACGCAGUGACGCAUGACAUUAAAUUCAGAAACUACCUCAUCCCCAAGGGCACAACCAUAAUAACAUCACUGACAUCAGUGCUACAUGAUGACAAAGAGUUCCCCAACCCAGAGAGGUUCGACCCUGGCCACUUCCUGGACAAGAAUGGCAACUUUAAGAAGAGUGACUACUUCAUGCCUUUCUCAACAGGAAAACGAAUGUGUGCGGGAGAGGGCCUGGCCCGCAUGGAGCUGUUUUUGUUCCUCACCACCAUCUUACAGAACUUCAAGCUGAAACCUCUGGUUGACCCAAAGGACAUCAAUAUCACCCCAGUUUUCACUGGAUUGUCUUCUGUACCACCAGAAUACCAGCUCUGCUUCAUUCCCAUCUGAAGAAGGGCUGUUGGCCUGGCUGCAUCUGAGCUGUCAUCAACAACUCCUCCUGCUGGGUAUCUCUCAGCUCCUUCUCUUUAGAGUGAUGCCUCUAUGACCUCAUCUCCCUUCUCAUCCUUUCAGAAUGCAUUAACCAUCCAACUUCCUCAUUCUUCAUUCUCCCCAGAUGUAUUUGGCAACUGUGUCUUUUAUACACAUGUAAUCCAUUAAUAUGAUGUCACCAAAACCAGACCCAAACUUGGAAACUUCUUUUGGUGGGAAAUGAAGCAGAGAGAGACAAACACUAAAUGAUUUCAGUUACAUAUAGGAUCCUGAAGUUUGAACUCAUGGAAGUAAAUGGCAAAAUGUAGUUCAUUAGUAGAUGGUGAGGGUGAAGUGAAUGAUGAGAAAAGAGUUGUUGGCUAAAACCUACAAAA